AUCCUCCGCCCACUCCUAAAGUACUCCAAAGGAGGAUAAGAAGAACAGGAAAGGAGAGGAGAGGCCGGCGGCUGAAAUGGAGACCUCCCGCCUCAUACCCACGCCUUCUUUCCCCUCUCACCGCCUCCUCUUCUCCCCCUCCGCCCCGUCCUCCUCCCCUUUCCGUCUCCUCCCCCGCCUACCCCCCCGCCACUUCCGCCGCCAUGGCCGCUGCCGCCUCUCCCUCCCGCGCUGUUCCGUCUCGGCCGACGCCGCCGCCGCCUCUGCUCCAGAGGCCUCCCCCGCCGUUGAUCCAUCUGUCUUUGGCGGCCCCAAGGAGCUUUCCGGCCCUCAGGCGCUCGUCUGCGCCCUGCCUCCCCCGGCGAGAAUGGCGUCCUCCGCCGUCCUCGCCGCCGCCGCUAUGGCCGCCGGCUUCGGUCUAGGGCUUCGUGUUGGCGGCUCUAAGGUUGCAGGGAUAGGGGGUGCGGCUGUUCUUGGAGUGGCGGGUGGUGCCGCGGUGUAUGCCCUCAAUUCAAAGGUUCCGGAGGUUGCAGCGAUCAGUCUGCACAAUCUUGUCGCUGGUUAUGAUGAUCCGACGGAACUGAGGAAGGAUGAAGUCGCAGCCAUCGUGGAGAAAUACGGUGUCAGUAAACAAGAUGAUGCCUUUAAAGCAGAGCUCUGUGACUUGUACAGUAGGUUUGUGUCUUCAGUUCUUCCACCUGGGAGUGAAAAUCUCAAGGGUUACGAAGUUGAGAUGAUAAUUAGGUUUAAAGAAGCUCUUGGCAUUGAUGAUCCAGAUGCUGCCUCAGUUCAUGUAGAGAUUGGUAGGCAUAUUUAUAGGCAAAGGUUGGAAACAGGAGAUCGUGAAGCUGACAUAGAGCAACGUAGGGCAUUUCAGAAACUCAUAUAUGUUUCAACACUUGUAUUUGGAGAAGCAUCCAAGUUCCUUUUGCCUUGGAAGCGACUUUUUAAUGUUACUGAUUCUCAGAUUGAAAUUGCUAUACGGGACAAUGCUCAAAAAUUGUAUGCUUCAAAGCUAAAGUUAAUUGGACGAGAUAUUGAAGUGAAGCAACUUAUUGAACUUAGAGAAUCACAACUUCUAUAUAGACUUUCUGAUCAGAUUGCUGGUGAAAUGUUUAGGGAGCACACAAGAGAGUUGGUUGAAGAAAAUAUUUCAUCCGCACUUUCAAUUUUAAAGUCUCGGGGAAAGACAAGCAUGGGGACACUGCAAGUUAUUGAGGAACUCGAGAAGGUUUUGGCAUUCAACAAUCUUCUUACUUCUCUAAGCAAGCAUUCUGAUAGUGGUCAGUUCGCACAGGGUGUUGGACCUGUUUCUUUAAUAGGCGGGGAGUUUGAUGGUGAUAGAAAGAUUGAGGACUUAAAGUUACUUUAUAGAACUUAUGCAGAAGAAUCUUUUUCAAGUGGAUGUCUUCAAGAAGAAAAGCUUACAGCUUUGAGCCAGUUGAGAAAUAUAUUUGGUCUUGGGAAACGUGAGGCAGAAAACAUCAUGCUGGAUGUAACAUCGAGGGUCUACCGCCGGCGGCUUUCUCGAGCAUUUUCUGGUGGUGAUUUGGAUGCAGCUCCUAGCAAGGCUGCAUUCCUUCAAAACCUUUGUGAAGAAUUACAUUUUGAUCCAAAUAUAGCUAGCAAGAUUCAUGAAGAAAUUUACAGGCAAAAACUUCGGCAGUUUGUAGAAGAUGGGGAAUUGAGUGAGGAGGAAGUUGCUUCUUUACAACGCUACAGAGUUCUUCUUUGCAUUCAUCACGAAACCAUUGAUGCAGCACAUGCUGAUAUAUGUGGUCGCUUGUUUGAGAAGGUUGUUAAAGAUGCAAUUGCAUCAGGUGUUGAGGGUUAUGAUGCUGAAGUUAGAAACUCUGUAAGGAAGGCUUCUAAAGGCUUGCGGCUUACAACGGAUGCAGCCAUGGCCAUUGCUAACAAGGCAGUUCGUAGAGUUUUCAUGACUUAUAUACAACGAUCCAAAGGGGCAGGGAACCGUACUGAAGCUGCAAGAGAGCUGAAAAAAAUGAUAGCAUUCAACGCAUUGGUUGUCACAGAAUUGAUUUCUGAUAUUAAAGGAGAGCCUGCUGCUCCAGCUGAACCUAUUGAUGUUGAUUCUAAACAAAUAGAUGAGGAAGAUGAAUGGGAAUCUCUGCAGACACUGAGAAAGACACAUCCGAACAAAGAGCUGGAAGCAAAGCUGACCAAGCCAGCUCAGACAGAAAUAACCCUCAAGGAUGACCUCCCUGAGAGAGACAGGGCUGAGAUUUACAGGACCUACUUGCUCUUUUGCAUUACCGGGGAGGUUACAACAGUUCCAUUUGGAGCUCAAAUUGCUACAAAAAAAGACAAUUCAGAAUUUUUGCUGCUAAAUCAGCUUGGACGAAUACUAGGAAUGACUGGUAAAGAGAUAGUGGAAGUCCACAGGAACUUUGCUGAACAAGCAUUCAUGAAACAGGCUGAGGUUAUUCUAGCUGAUGGCCAGCUAACUAAAGCCAGAAUCGAGCAGCUCAAUGAGGUUCAGAAGCAGGUGGGACUGCCUGCAGAAUAUGCACAAAAAGUUAUUAAGAAUAUAACCACAACCAAGAUGGCAGCUGCAAUCGAAACUGCUGUGAGUCAAGGGAGGAUUGGUAUUCAACAGGUCCGAGAGCUAAAAGAGGCUAAUAUUGAUCUAGAUAGCAUGAUCUCAGAACGCUUGCGGGAAAGCCUCUUUAGGAAAACGGUGGAGGAGAUCUUUUCAUCAGGCACUGGUGUAUUUAAUGAAGCCGAGGUGUAUGAAAAGAUUCCAUCAGAUCUUAGCAUCGAUGCUGAUAAGGCAAAAGGGGUUGUUAAGGAGCUCGCCAAGACUAGGCUAUCAAACUCAUUGGUUCAAGCUGUUGCAUUACUUCGGCAGAGGAAUCGAGAUGGAGUGAUUUCAUCUCUCAACGACAUGCUUGCCUGUGACAUGGCGGUCCCUGCUGAACCCUUGUCGUGGUCCUCACCGGAAGAGCUCGCAGACUUGUACUGCAUAUACCUCAAGAGUAUCCCGAAGCCAGAGAAACUCACUCGGCUCCAGCACUUGCUUGGCAUCAGUGAUUCAACUGCUGCCAUACUUCGGGAUACAGCAGAGCGAGGAGCACUUCCAGUCGGAGAUGAAGAAGAGGAAUUUGUAUUUUAAAACUUGUGCACAAUUUUACAAGCUUAAAGUUUGGUGGUUGCAGAUUUUACCCCGAGUAUUUGAUUCUAUCGGUAAAUUUUGACAUCUUUACUGAAGGUUUGUAUGCUUGCUGAGCGCUGGACUACAUGCUUGCAAAUGUACAAGAAGAUUGUACAGCUUAGUAACUUUUUACAGCCAUCCUUGGAUUCAGUCGGUUUUAUUACAUUUUUCCUUGGUGAUAUUUGUUUAGGGAUGAGAACCUUGAAAGCAAUAGUUGUGACUAAUAAAAGUAUACAAACUUAGUCCGUCUGUAGUGUGCUCAGCUGUGAUCCAAAUGUAGUUCGCAUUCAUAUGAAUGAAACAUUAAGUUUACU